UCCCCACAGAUGGUUUAUAAAGAGGACCAGAGGCUGACAGAGGAGACCUUGGAGGUAGGAGUCCCCUGCCCAGGGCCGCUCCUCCAGGCUCCCAGAAGUCUCAGGUCAGAGGACUCAGGCAACCGCUGGAGCUCUUGUCUGCUGGGACCAUGGACUGGCAACAGUUGUGGCUGGCCUUCUUACUUCCCAUGACAGUCUCAGGCCGGGCUCUGGGGCCUACAGAGAAGGAGGCAGUCUUGGGUUACCUGUUGCAGUAUGGGUAUCUACAGAAGCCUCUGGAAGGAGCUGAUGACUUCAGGCUAGAAGAUAUCACAGAGGCCCUAAGAGCUUUCCAGGAAGCAUCCGAGCUGCCGGUUUCAGGCCAGAUGGAUGACGACACAAGGGCCCGUAUGAAGCAGCCCCGUUGUGGUCUGGAGGAUCCCUUCAACCAGAAGACCCUUAAAUACCUGCUUCUGGGCCGCUGGAGAAAGAAGCAUUUGACAUACCGCAUCUUGAAUCUGCCCUCCACCCUCUCACCCUCCAGAGCCCAGGCAGCCCUGCGUCAAGCCUUUAAGUACUGGAGCAGCGUGGCCCCCCUGACCUUCCGGGAGGUGAAGGCUGGUUGGGCUGAUAUCCGCCUCUCGUUCCAUGGCCGCCAAAGCCCAUACUGUUCCAACACCUUUGAUGGGCCUGGAAAGGUCCUGGCCCAUGCGGACAUCCCAGAGCUCGGCAGUGUACACUUCGAUAAAGAUGAAUUCUGGACUGAGGGGACCUACCAAGGAGUGAACCUGCGCAUCAUCGCAGCCCAUGAAGUGGGCCAUGCCUUGGGCCUUGGGCACUCCCGAUACACUCAGGCGCUUAUGGCUCCUGUCUAUGCUGGUUACCAACCCUACUUCAGGCUGCACCCAGAUGAUGUGGCAGGGAUCCAGGCUCUCUAUGGCAAGAAGAGCCCAGAGACAGAGGAUGAGGAGGAAGAGAUUUCCACCAUGUCACCAGUGACCACAAAACCCAGUCCCAUGCCAAACCCCUGCAACAGUGAACUGGAUGCCAUGAUGCUGGGACCCCGUGGGAAGACCUAUGCUUUCAAGGGGGACUACGUGUGGACUGUAACAGAUUCAGGUCCGGGCCCCUUGUUCCGAGUGUCUGCUCUUUGGGAGGGGCUCCCUGGAAACCUAGAUGCUGCCGUCUACUCUCCUAGAACAGGAUGGACCCAUUUCUUCAAGGGGAACAAGGUGUGGCGCUAUGUGGGUUUCAAGAUGUCUCCUGGCUUUCCCAUGAAACUCAACAGAGUAGAACCCAACCUGGAUGCAGCGCUCUACUGGCCUGUCAAUAAGAAGGUGUUCCUUUUUAAGGGCUCAGGAUACUGGCAGUGGGACGAGCUGGCCAGCACUGACUUCAGCCGCUACCCCAAACCCAUCAAGGCAUUGUUUACUGGAGUGCCAGACCAACCCUCGGCAGCUAUGAGCUGGCAAGAUGGCCAAGUCUACUUCUCCAAGGGCAAAGACUACUGGCGUCUUAACCAGCAGCUUCGAGUGGCAAAGGGUUAUCCCAGAAAUAUCACACACUGGAUGCACUGCCGCCCUCAGACUGCAGACACUAACUCGUUCACUGGGGACACUACUCCCCCCACCACAGACACGAUCUUAGACACCACUCCCUCAACCGUGGACUCAUUCUUGGACAUGGCUCCCUCAACUACAGACUCUGCCACCCUUUCAUCCCCUGCUAAUGUCACCCCGCUAGGGGCCUAAGAACUAAUCAGUGUUAUCUGAUCACGAGGAUGGUGCAGACGUCACAGCAUUGGCACUAACCAUAGGCCUCAUGGCCCCUAAACAUUCCAGUUCUGGACACCGUUUUCCUGUGCUCCUAGAAGGUGCCCCCUUAAUUCUAAAUUAGUCCCACAUUCCCAUUUCUCCUUGUCACAAAGCUCUUUCAAGUGUGCCACCUAUUCUCCAGUGAAGUGAAACUGUCAAUCAGGCUUUUUUUUUUUUUUUUUUUUUUUUUUUGUGACAAGGUCUCUCUCUACAUAGCACUGGCUAUGGCUAUCCUGAAAUACUCUAUGUAGACCAGGCUGGCCUCGGACUCACAGAGAUCCGCCUGCCUCUGCCUCGAGUGCUGGGAUUAAAGGCGUGCGCCACCAUGCCUGGCUAGUGUUCUUUUAUAUUUUUAUUUUUGUGUGCAUUCGUGUUUUGUUGUACGUGUGCCCAUGUGAGGGUGUCAGAUCCUCGGGAACGGGAGUUCCACAUGGGUGUGAGCUGCCAUGUGGGUGCUGGGAAUUGAACCCAGGUCCUUUGGAAGAGCAGCCAGUGCCCUUCACCGCUGAGCCAUCUCUCCAGCCCCUGUGUUCUGUGUUUCUUUUUUAAGGCACUGUGACCAUGCCUGGCUGUCAGUUGGGUCCUGAGCUGACAGGAGGCGGUGGCUGGGUCACUGGACGCCUGGGUUCUGUUCUUCCCAGGCAAACUGAAGAAACAGCACAGCAGGGUAAACUGAGCAAGGGCUUCGGAGUCCCUGAGCCGCUGGACGGCGGCUCCCAGCAGGUUAAUUACCCUUGUAAAGCCUUGGAUUCUCUAUUAACAAAAUAAGGUUAAUAUCAACGUUACAGGGUUGCUAGGUUAUAUGAAAUACUAUAUGUGACGUGUCUGACGGAGUCUGACACAUUUGUAUUUAAUAAAGGCUAACUUCGUGUAUAUUCAUAUAUA